UCCGAUAUAUUUGCAGGUGUCGUGCAGACGCACAACACUGGUCAAAUUGAAGGCGUCUGCAGUAAAAUCAUGGAAGGUGAAAAUGAUAUCGUUGGUGUGGCGGGCUAUUUAUUAACUGAAUUCGGUAAUAGUUCUUGCAAUCAACUAAGCUAUAAAUCAAUUAUAGCCAGUUUGCUAGACUCCAGCUACACUGGCGACAUAAUGCGACAAUGGAUCUACCAGACCUGCAAUGAGUACGGUUGGUAUCAGACUUCCGGCUCCCAAAAUCAGCCAUUUGGCACUAAAUUCCCUGUGACGCUUUAUAUCCAAAUGUGUCAGGACCUCUAUGGCGAGCAGUUUACCAACGAGUUCAUAAACAACCAGGUAGCUGCCACCAAUGAAUUAUUCGGUGGCCUUGAACCAAAUGUGGAGAAUGUCUACUUUACACAUGGUCAAUUGGAUCCGUGGCGUGCGAUGGGCAUACAUGAUGAAGAGCAGGCGACGAUUCUACCGCUCUAUGCCCACUGCAAGGACUUUGGCUCGAUAAGCGACAGUGAUACUGCCGAGUUGCGCGCUUCCAAGCUUAAAAUAGCCGAAUUGGUACGUAAAUGGCUGGGUGUUGAUAAUGCCAAUAAUAAAACGGAAAGUUAUGCAGGAUAUACCCCGAUGCACCCAGUGUAUGAAGAAGAUUCGCCAGGUGACACCAACAUCCCCUUCACAUAUCCACUCAAUCCAACUGAACUAAUACCCUUCUCCCUCUGGUCCGACCCCAUCGAAACCGAACAUUUUCCUGGACUACGAUUAUCCAUAAUACAAAUCCUCAACGGCAAUACUAUAAGAAUCUUAUGUAUGGUCGGCAGAGUACUGAACUCUCUUGUUCAAUGUUUAAGGCGCAAGGAUAUUGCAAUAACCAAACAACAACAAAAAUAUUCGAAUGCUUAUCGUACGGAAACUAGUAAGGCCGAUAGCUACACUAAAUGUUAA